UGUUGUCAUCAGUUGUAGUUUCAUGAUAAGGGCCAUGUAACGUUAGAAGGCCCAGAUUUUAAGCAAUGCGUACACGCGCUGUGCGUGAACGCUGAAGAGAAAGACAAGCGAAAGCAACCCUCCCCAGCCAAAACGCUCCUCAGUCUUCACUUAUUUUAAUCAAAUAAGUGAAGAAGCCGCCAGCCACCGCUGACUGAAUGCCGUUUAACGAUGACCAGAUUUAUACAAAUCGCGUUAAAAUCCACCAUCACCUGUGUAUAAAUUUCACAUCUCUUUACGGCCACAGCAGAAACUAGCAGCACCCAGAAAUUAAUUAAGGAAGGAGCAAGACAUGGAUAUUUGGCUCCUCAUCCUGCUCUCCCUUUCCUUUGCCACGGCCCUCAGUCUUCUCCUCCACCAUGCAACCAAGAAGAAAAGGCUCCCCCCAGGCCCCCCGGCCGUGCCGAUCAUCGGCAACCUUUUCUGGCUCCGACGGUCCUUCCAAGAGGUGGAGACCAUCCUCCGGGAGCUCCACGCUCAGUAUGGCCCCAUCGUCACCCUCCACGUAGGCUCCCGCCCCGCUAUCUUCAUCUCCGACCGCACCCUCGCCCACCGGGCCCUCGUCGAGCAUGGAGCCACCUUCUCCGACCGCACGCCCCAGCUCCCCGCCCUCCGGUUCCUCGGGCGCGACCACUUGAUCUCCGCUGCCGCCUAUGGCCCCCUCUGGCGCCUGCUCCGCCGCAACCUUAUCUCCGAGAUCCUCCACUCCUCUCGCGUCAAGGUCUAUGCCCACGGCCGCGCCUGGGUCCUUCAAGUCCUCUCCAACCACCUCCGAUCCCAAGCCGCUUCGAACGACGCCGGCGCGGUCACUGCCGUGGAGAGCUUUCAAUUCGCCAUGUUCUGUUUAUUGGUUCUCAUGUGCUUCGGCGAGAAGUUAGACGAGAAGGCCAUCAAGGACAUCGAGAUCGCACAAAAGAGCCUCCUCCUUUACAGCAAUAAACUCAACGUCCUCGCCUUCGCUCCAAGAAUCUCGAGGUACGUCUUCCGAGAUAGGAUAAACACAGUUCUCCAAAUGCGUCAGAGACAGGAAGAGCUAUUUGUCCCAUUGAUCAGAGCCCGAAAAGAAUUCAAGAAACAGCAACAACGGCAGAAGAGCGAAGAAGAAAGGUUCGUUUACUCCUAUGUCGAUUCCCUUCUUGACAUCGAACUCUCAGAAGAAGGGGGGAGGAGGUUAACAGAGCGGGAGAUUGUCGCCUUGUGCUCGGAGUUUCUGAACGCAGGCACCGACACAACCUCGACAGCAUUGCAGUGGAUCAUGGCGAACUUGGUGAAGCACCAAGACAUACAGUCGAAGCUACGGGAAGAGAUCGAAGGGGCGGUGGGGAGUGACGCGCAGGAGAUUAAGGAGGAAGACUUGCAGAAGAUGCCGUAUCUGAAAGCAGUGAUCAAGGAAGGGCUGCGGCGGCAUCCGCCGGGCCACUUCGUGCUGCCGCACACGGUGACCGAGGACGUGGUCUUGGAUGGGUAUUUGAUACCGAGAGGGGCUUCGAUUAAUUUCAUGGUGGCGGAGAUGGGGUGGGAUGGGAAGGUGUGGGAGGAGCCGAUGGAGUUCAAGCCGGAGAGAUUCUUGGCCGGGGGUUCAGGGGAGGGGGUGGAUAUAACCGGAAGCAAGGAGAUCAAGAUGAUGCCGUUUGGGGUGGGGAGGAGGAUAUGCCCGGGGAUCGGUCUCGCCAUGCUGCAUCUCGAGUGCUUUGUGGCCAAUUUGGUGAAGGAAUUCGAGUGGAAGCCCGUGGAGGGGGAGGAGGUGGACUUGUCCGAGAAGCCAGAAUUCACUGUUGUCAUGAAGAACCCCCUCCGGGCUUGCAUACUUCCACGGACGAAGAUAUAGCGGUCUCUGGUGCAGCAAUUUUCUUUUUGAAUUUCCAUUUUUUUUCUUUUUUCCUUUUGUUUUAAUGCCUGCGCGUGGUGCUCCUGCCAUACUCGAUAAGUUGGCUUCUAUAUUCUAUGGAUGAUAUGUUACAAAACUCCACUUUUAUCGAGGUUUGGAUGGAUAGGAAUACUUGGAAGGGAGCUACUCUAGUUAUGUAACCAUUACCUACGGUCCCUUCUACUUGAAAAGAUGGUACUACUAUAGUGUUCCCACUA